CAGCUUUGUGGCUGGCAGAAAAACUCAGAGCAGGAAACAAUCUUCCCUCCGAAUGUCGAUUUGUAGUGGCUACAGGAUCACUAGCAUGCUUCUCUGUAGCUGUUCUCGCAGAAGCUCUAUUUGAUCGGGUGAACCCUCGGUCAAUAGUGGCAGUGACAUCAGAUCCGGAACUGUUGCCCCAGGUGUCCUCUACCAGGUGGUCCCUGCAACCUUCUGUCUGGGGGUGGCCAGGAGUGGCACACAUGGUGGAUGCCUCAGGGGCAAAAGUUGGUGUGGCCUGGUUGGAACCGGCACGGCGUGCUCUGAGAAAAAUACCAGGUUCUUCACUGCCCCAGGGAAAGUGGCAUGCAGAGAUAAGGCCAUUGAGAUGUGUGCCGGAGAUACAGCAACUGACUGUAGUGCCAGACCAGAACAACAAUAAGAAGUCAAAGUCACACCAUCAUCUGUCUCUGGCUGCAAUUAGAGCAAUAAUGAAUGUUGUACAUCUGUGGCUUGCUGAUUUUGGAUUUCCUCCUGAGGAAAUUAUAUCCCUUGGUAUCUUUUCUGAUGGUACACACAACCUACCAAAAGGCUUGGUAUUCUCACAACCAGCAAUGCUUGACUGCAAUGGAUUCUGGUCACCAUGUGAGACAGUGCUUCCACCUUCAGAAGGUCCUGUGCACCUUGCAGACAUACUGCCAAUUCCCUUGAGGGCAACUGCUUCCUUUGGACUUGGCAAGUGUAUGCGAGCUAUUUGGACUCUGCCUAUGAGUGAAAGAGAAAGUGAGCAGGAGAAAGAAAAGGCUGCAGUAGAACGUAUAUCAAAGGAAGAGGAGAAAAUAAAAGAAUGGUUAGAAAUGUACACACUAUUGGAUGAAUAUGAAAAGAAAAUAUCAGCUGAGAUAGAGAGAAAGGCUAUUUCUACUGAAGCCAAGUACCGAUGGCUUUCACUGUCGGAGAGGCUACCAGAAGACAAGGUGUGAGACACUUGAUCAUGGCAGGCUACAGUAAGAUGUACAACCUCCUUGACCCAAAUGAUGUUGCAGAA